UGUCAUCUGUCACCUGUCACCUGUCAGCUGUCAGCUGUCAAAAGGAACGAAACUCGUCCCUUUCGGUAUAUUCGUAAUAAAAAGCUGUAUGUUUUAAAAAUUGCAAUUACACUUUUCGUCCAACGAUCGUGCGGUGUGAAAGUGUGUGUGAAAGCGAAUUUUGCUUCUCGCGGUUGGCGACAGUGUUUCCCCUCCCCCCUCUAACGUUUGGCGCUCGCACGUUGCGUCGGUCGCGCAAUUCGGAAUUGUUGCAACAAAUACGGCGUGUGCGGAGUAACGGACAUUUUUCACGUGUCUCUUUGGAAAGGUCAGUGGAGUUCUCAUCGGAGAAACUCGCGCAGGUAUCGCUCGAGUUCGCGAGCGCGCGCCAACCGCUGCCAACUUCGUGCGGCUUCGCUGAAGAUACGACCGAAGAGACGACGCCGUGGAACGUACAUCGGCAAAGUGCUCACCGAUUAACGUAAAAGCGCGCAAAUCCGAGCGAAGGGGAGGCCUCGACAAAUUCAGAGUGAUGCAUGGAAGAAGAUAACAAAUCUGGAAAACGAGAUCAUGGCGAACAGAAGGGACAAACCUGCUGGCUUUUUGGACACAUGGUUCGGUCGGCCGAAAAAGGCUGGUCGGGGGAGUGGGACACGCGGCUAUUCGGGCAGCAACACGAUGCCCAGGCCACACUCUGGCGACGACAUCAACGAGAUCGAACAACAGCGUUGCAUCAUCGAGAGGAUGGAUGAGGAGACGGUGAACGACAGAUUCGAGGAAAUGCUGGCCAAUAUGAAUCUAACUGAGGAGAAGAAGGAACCCUUGCGCCAGCAAUCGGAAUCUAAGAAGAAGGAGAUGUUGGUAUUGCACUACAAAGGCAGUAUACAAGAGAACCGAUCCAAAUUCGAUAAGCCGGCGGAUUAUAUACAAUAUCUAGCGCAACCCGAUUUAAGUGUCAACAAGAUCUACAAUUGCAUCGAAUCCCUCAGGAUUGCGCUGACCAACAAUCCGCUCAGCUGGGUGCAAGAGUUUGGCACCAAAGGGCUCAAGCAAGUUUUGGCUACUCUCAAUGAGUGUUAUCGAAAUGCCUUCAUAUAUUAUGAUAGUGACAACCGUUACGAGCGAAUACAAUAUGAAUGUAUUCGUUGUUUAAAGGCUAUCAUGAAUAAUACCGUUGGUAUAAAGGAAAUGCUGGCCCAUCACGAAGCUCUUACGAUCGUAGCCAGAUCACUGGAACCGACGAAACCAUCCGUCAUGUCCGAAGCUGUAAAAUUACUCGGCGCGGUGUGCCUCAUAUCGAGCGAUAGUCAUAAAAAGGUUUUAGACGCAAUUACUAUGAAUGGCGAGUUCAAAGGUCGGGAAAGAUUUUUGCCCAUCGUACAAGGAUUGAUGAAUAAAAAGAAUGAAAAUUUAAGGGUAGUAUGCCUUCAACUCAUAAAUUCGAUAAUAUCAUCCGCCGAGGAUCUAGAUUUUCGCUUACACCUCAGAAAUGAAGUAAUGCGAGUCGGUUUAGCUGACAUUCUCGAAAUGUUAGAAAAAGACGAGUCGGAAGAUUUGGCGACGCAUUUAAAAAUUUUUAAUGACCACAAAGAAGAAGAUUAUGAGGAAUUUGUACAGAGAUUUGACAACGUACGUUUAGAAUUAGACGAUGUUAACGAUUGCUUUGAAGUAGUCAAAAAUAUGGUAAUGGAUACUACUGCCGAGCCUUACUUUUUAUCUAUACUUCAACACCUUUUAUUUAUUCGAGAUGAUGCUCUGGUUCGAACGGCGUAUUAUAAACUGAUCGAGGAAUGUAUAUCGCAAGUCGUAUUGCAUCGUUCAGGCUGUGAUCCGGAUUUCAGUGCGACGAAGCGCUUCCAGAUUGACGUGCAACCGUUAAUCGAUACCCUAGUCGAGAAAUCACGAGCUGAGGAGGAACGUCGAUUGGUAGAAGUAACGCAAAAGCUAGAAGAAGCUAUAGCAAGUAGACAAGAAGCCGAAGCGAAGCUUCAGCAUGCGGAAAACAAGAUCAAAGAAUUGGAGCAGGGAACAACAAAGUCUGGCAAUUCUAGAGCUGCUGUAUGUCCACCUCCACCACCUAUGCCUGGUAUGGGUGGAUCAUUGCCCCCGCCACCUCCUCCUCUUCCUGGUAGUGUUGGUCCACCUCCAGUGCCCGGAAUGACUUGUCCACCUCCACCACCUAUGCCCGGCUCGAAAGGACCUCCACCUCCACCUAUGCCUGGCAUGAAAGGACCCCCAGCACCACCUAUGCCAGGGAUGAUGAUGGGUCCACCACCGCCACCAAUGGGGGGAUUAUCUCCACCGCCUCCGAUGGUACAGGUAUUGCCUCAUGGGCUAAAACCGAAAAAGAAGUGGGAAGUAGAUGGACCACUAAAAAGGGCGAACUGGAAAGCGAUUUUGCCUCAUAAAUUAACAGAAAAGUCAUUUUGGACAAAAGUACAAGAAGAUAGAUUAGCUAGUCCAGAAAUAUUGAGUGGUCUCGCGCAAAAAUUCUCAUCAAAACCAAGUGGAAAGAAAAUGGACGAUGUAGUUGAUAAGUCAGCUCAAACGAAGAAAGUAAAAGAUCUCAAAGUUUUGGAUAGUAAAGCGGCUCAAAAUAUAUCGAUACUUCUUGGUGGCACAUUGAAGCACAUGCCUUAUAUAGAAGUGAAGAGAUGUUUAUUUAGAUGUGAAGGACCAGUUAUUUCUGACAAUAUAUUACAAGGAUUAAUUCAAUAUUUACCACCACCAGAUCAAUUGUCAAAGCUGCAAAUGUACAAGGAUCAGUACAAUGACUUGACUGAAGCGGAACAAUUCUGUGUUACAAUAUCUACAAUAAAAAGGUUACUGCCCAGAUUAAGAUCAUUGAGUUUCAUGUUGCGAUACGAAGAAUUGGUACAAGAUGUUAAACCUGACAUAGUAGCGGCUACAGCAGCAUGUGAAGAAGUGAAGAAUAGCAAAAAAUUUGCCCGGAUACUCGAAUUAAUAUUAUUACUUGGCAAUUAUAUGAAUUCCGGCUCCAAAAAUGGCCAAGCAUUUGGAUUUGAAAUUAGCUUCCUUACAAAGUUAACUAGUACUAAAGAUAUCGAUAACAAACAAACUCUUAUGCAUUAUUUGGUGGAUACGAUAGAGAGAAAAUUCCCAGAAUGUCUCAACUUUAUGGAAGAAUUAGCACACGUAGAUCGCGCUAGCCGAGUAUCUUUGGAGAAUGUUCAACGGACAUUACGUCAAAUGGAAACCAAUAUUCGUAAUCUCGAGCAAGAUCUUUCGAAUGCUAAAGUUCCACAAUGCGAUGAAGACUUUUUUAUAGACGUUAUGAAACCAUUCGCUAAAAAAGCCAGGGAAUCCUAUGAAGUUUUGCAGAACAUGUUUAAAAAUAUGGAUACCUUAUACACGGACAUCUCCGAAUUCUUCUCCUUCGACAAACAAAAAUACACUAUAGAGGAAUUCUUUGGCGAUAUCAAGACGUUCAAAGACGAUUUCUUGCAAUCGCAGAGGGAAAUAGUAAAACUGAAGGAAGGUGAGGAGAAGCAGAGACGGGCAAGAGAGGCGCGCGAGAAAGCGGAAGCCGAAAAAGCGGCUCGAGCCGCACGCAAACGCGCAUUAGUCGAUAUGAACGCACACGAAACGCAGGAAGGUGUCAUGGAUAGUCUGAUGGAAGCACUGCAGACUGGCUCGGCCUUCAGUCGACCGGAUCAACGACGCAAACGACAAACGCGUGUAGCUGGUGCGGAAAGGAGAGCGCAACUAAAUAGGAGUCGAUCACGUACCGGAUUAGUCGGAUCUGGUUUACUAGGGAGAGAACUUUCGACAGAGCUCUUAAGUUCGGCAUAACGUACUGGAAAGUAUCCCGUUUCCGUCCUAACUCGUUGCUGUGAUGAUUUUACAUCUCGUAUAUCGUUGGAACGACAAAUGGGGAAUAUCAUGCGACACGAUAAAUCGAUAUCAUAGAGAAGAGAUUGAGAAGAAGAGAGAAACUCCACAUUUUAAUAAUCCCCCGACGUAAAUCGAAUUUUGCGAGACUUUGCAUCAAGUUCGAGUCGCAAAUGCAACAAACACUCGCGAGUGUGUCUUCCUUACGUAUUUAAACAUUCGAAUAUAGGUAUAUUGUACAAAAAUAUAAUUAACGCAUUUAUAUGACGUAGCGAAACUUGCGUCAAUACUUGAUAAAAAAAGCGCACUUGUUGUAAAUAUGCAUACGUAAAAACUGGCGACGAGUUGGCAAUUUAUUAAAAUUGUUUGCCAACGCGAUGUACAGAUACAAUUUUUAUCGAAACUAGCAUUUUUUUACCACUAUCUUUCGAUGAUCGGGCGACAGAUUGCAUUUAUUUAUAUAGUGCGUUAUUAUUGUAAAUAUAAAUAUUUCUCAUCUCAAGAGUUGUCGCGAUCCGAUAUUAUUAUGACUAUGAGAUGCAUUUGUAUAAAGAUUAUUUAUCUCCGUAGUGACUUCUCACUUACUACGGAAAGUAAUAGUGUAAAAAUACGCCUUUUUUUGGCGUAACAAUAUUUUGCAUGCAAUCGGAAAUUGUUGCAUGACGCGAGGAGGAGGUUCGUAAUUAUCGCUUAUUUUAACAUUAUAAAGUGAAAACGGUGAUUUAUCUAUAAUUAUUUCUUUCCUGAAUAAUCCGAAAACUACCAUAAAGCGUAAUUUGACGUUUGCGUCAUUCGUUGUUCGUAUAAUUUUCAUUCUAAAAAUAUUUUCAAUGAUAACAGAUGUUCAAAAUACCUUGCUACUAUACAAAAAAGAUUUGUACACUGAAUUAACGCACAAUUCUGCGACAUAUUUUAAUAAUAGUUUUUAUUCAUCUUGUAAGAAAAAACACAUUUUUUUACAAUGCAAGUACUACACUACCGAUAUACGUUAAUCUACGAGCAAAAAAAACUGAAAUUACUUUUAAGACAAAUAGCUAAUUCAACGCAACGUUUGCAUUUUGUGAUAACUGAACUGCUUGAUAACACAGGUUCGCGAUAUUUUCGAUACUUUUGAUAGCGAUGAAUGAAACUCAGGGAGAGAGAAAGAGAGACAGAGGCAAGUCUUGGAAGACGGAUAUGUGAACAUUACGGAUCCGAUUAUGGCAAUAUAUGAUAAUAACACGCAAAAUAAUUACAUUGUUUAUUAUCACGUUUAUAUAAGUGAAAAAAAAUGUAGGAAUAUCAACAGAUUAAAGAUACGUGAAAUUAACCAAUGUAAAUGAUAAAAUAGCAGAACAGAUUGCAAUUCGCUCACUUCUUACAUGCACGCUAGAUUUGGAAUGUUGAUAAAAAAAUCGAUUACUAUCUUCAACGACAGGUGAUUGAUACUCCAGUAGGCUAAUACGUAUCAUAAACAUCAUCCAGGAAACGAUAGUUCCAAAUGCAACAUGGAAAAUAAUGACAAUUAUCUAUUGAAAAAACUUUGCCGAUUGAAUAAGAGAGCGAGAUUGCAUCGUGUUUAGUUAGUUAGCAAAUAAUUGCGAGUCACGUGGUGGGGCGACUAUGCCAAGCACGUUCGAAAUGUCUAGCGAAAGGCAACGUAACGAGCCGGUUCCCCAAGCUGUAAAAAUCGAGGAAGUAUCUCCACGACAUCGCAUUUUCAAGCUCGUUUCGCGUGCGCACACUUUUUGUACAUAAUAAUCGGCGACGAAACGCGAAACGUUAUGUGGACCAUUUUAAAUACGUACGUAUAUUUCAAUGCAGCUUUUAUUAUAUAUAUAUAUAUAUCGAGUAAUAUUCACGUCGAAAGGAGAUAAAGAGAGAAAGUGCGUCAGCCGUAUUUCCCCGAAGUAAUUAUACGUACCUGUACAAAAUUAUAUAUACCGCGGAAAUCACAUUUGCCUAUAGAUCGAAUCUCGUAAUGAAUGAACGAUUUGUUAAUAUUGUAGUUAAAUAUUUAAUUUAAGACUUUAAAUGAAGUAUCCAUCUGUAUCAUACUGUGAAUACGCGGAUUUAAGUAACAUUAUAAAUAUUAUUAUUAUUA